AUGGAAACCACUUUGAAGGCCAAAAGCUACCUAGCGGAGAAAAUCAAGUUGGCAAAGUUGACACUGACAAAAAGCACGGAGUUAGACUUGCUGCUGGCUGAAGCGACGAGCAACGAAGCCUGGGGACCCGACAGCCGGACCAUGGCGCGCAUCGCGGCCGCGAGCCGCCGCUUCGACGACUUCGAACCAAUCAUGGCUUUCCUCUGGAAAAAACUGGAGGAGACCCUGUCCCUGGCCGCGCGCGGCAAGCUGACCGCGUGGCGCCCCGCGCAAAAGGCGCUGGUCCUGCUGGAGUAUCUGCUGAUGCACGGCGGCGAAAGGGCGAUCAAGGACGUGGAACUGCGGGUCUACGUUUUCGAAGAUCUGGCGGGCCUGCAGUGCGCUGACAAGCAGGGGUUCGACUGCGCCCAGGGUAUCCGAGCGCGCGCCGCGCACAUCUGCAGCCUCGCACGCAGCGACGGCACGUACCAGGCCGAGCGCGCGCGCGCGCAGGAGCUGUCGGGGCGGUUGGGGAACCUCCAAGGGUUUGGGAGUCCUAGGCGCGAAUCUCUCCCUGUAAAAAAGACGGAGCGCUUCUCCUUACAAGACCAGUCUGCAGAAGCCGGUUUGUUUGAAGAGGGGAACGAGGCAGCGUCCCUGAUCGAGAAAAGUACGCGCGACCAAACCGCUGUCCACCUCAAAAACCGCGUGCAUUGGGCAGAUAGUGCAUCAGCAAAGUCCGCAGCGAACGCGACAGAGCCCUUCCCGACUGAAUGGAGAUUUGUGGCGGAACCGGGGGAGAUUAGAGAAUCAGGAGAGUUUACGGGAGGCUUCGCUGGGUCUACUCGCGGUGAAAGGGACUCAGUCGGACAAGAUGACGUGUCUACCUGGAAAGAGAGCGUGGCUGGCCCGAAACCGCCACAGUACCGCUCCGGUGAACCGUCCGGAAACAAGGAAGCGGAUGAGAAGCCGCGAGUGCGCGCGCGCGCGUUCGACGGCAGCGCGCUGAGCUCCCACUCGCGCGUCGACAGCUGGCUCGCGCAGGGAAUGGCGCUUCGGGAUCCGCGACUGGACGCCGAAGACGGCCGUCAGCCGAACGGUGGAAAGUUUCCGGGACCGGAACGGCGGACACCGGAAGCUGAACGCUCGCACUCUACCGCUGAAGAGGCGGCGCAGACCGACUCUCCGCUCGCAAAGGAAGCGCUCAUUCCAGGAGAGGCGACCACGAAAGGGUUAGAAAGAGCGCCCUCCAGGGAUCUCAUCACCUGGGACGACGAAAGGCCGGAACGUUCCGGCAAGGACACUUCCGCCGGAAGGGGAUACGGAGGCGCGGUUUCGGGGAAUCUGAGUUGGGGUAGUGCAGAAACGGCGAACAGUUUCCCAAUCAAGGCUGCGCAGAAAGAGUCGCCAAAAGUUCCGGCCAUUCCUCCGCCGCCCCGGAGUGCGAGCUCUCGUGCAAAUCUUGGUGACGCGGAUAGGGAUCUGCUUUGGACAACUCCGAGUCAAACCGUAGAUGUCGACGCGCUUCUUGGCCUUGCAGGCGGUUCGUUCUAA